UUCUCCGCCGCUCAAAUCAUCUCUUUCUCUCUUUCUCUUUCCACAACACUGACCAGACACUAUUCACCUGUCAGUCAUGGCGCCCUCAGUCCAUGGUGUACUCGAGUACGAUCAAGCUCUCCAAUCCAACAAGGACAUUCAACAGCUCAAGACGCGCGUCACCAUCGAUGACCUGGCCUUCUAUUACGACGACAAGGACAAGCUGGCACUCUUGAUGGGUGGCACAUACGACGAGCUUACUGCUUGGAUUAAGGACAACAAGGCCAUCGCCGAUGUCCUCAAUCACCAGUGGGAGAAUGUGGAGAAGACUGGAGUUGCUGAUGGCUUGCACAACAUGAUGGACCGAUUGAGGGUCAUCACAUUCGGACUGGUUGCGCUUCUUCAUCACAGUGACCCCUUUGUGCGUUCCACCCCUGCCAAUGCCAAUGACGGCACCUUCCCCGAAAUCACCUACCACAACAUCGUCAAGUGCCACCAGGCAAUGGUCGACAAAGGUCUGUUCGUCAACAAGGGCUAUACCAACGAAGCGGAGCACCAGCGUGCCUACAUCUUUCUCAACGCCAUGAUGCUUCAUCGUGCCAAUCCCGCCGACAUCAAUGCUGCAAAGGCCAAGUUGGAGGAGGUUUUCAAGGAUGCUCAAGUCAGCGGGGUUAGCGUCGACUAAAGGAAGGGCAACGGUGGAGCGCUCAUGGUCAU